AUGAUCGACGGCAACGUGGUCGCCUACAAUGCGGCCGUCUUCGUCGGCACCCUCUUCCUCCUCGAAUCAGGCGCCGACAAGUUCGUCGACCACACAGCCAUUGUCGCCCGACGUACCGGCAUCCCGGACACGCUAAUCGCGCUCCUGACCGCCGGAGCCGAAUGGGAGGAGCUCGCUGUGGUUGUCAGCGCCUUGGCUCAGGGCCGGGCUCCUCUGGCAUUGGGCAACAUUGUUGGCUCCGCGAUUUCCAAUAUCCUUGGGGCCUUCUCUUUGGGUCUACUCUUUCGUAAGAAUGGCGAGCACAUGCAGUUCGAUCGCAGCGCGCGUAUCUACUCGCUGCUGCUUCUGGGCGUGACAACAGUCAUUGCUCCUAUAACUUUCUUUCCUCGCGAAGAACUGUGGAAGGUCACAGGUAUCAUUCUCAUCGUCGCCUUCGCCAUCUACAUCAUCUCUGUGGGAUGGGCCAUCAGUCGCGGAUCACUCACUGCCCCCGAAGGCUCCGACAGCGACAGCGAAAGCUCCAGCGAUGAUGAGCGCGACGCUGAGGCCCCUCCGACUAGCAGCCGCCGGAGGUCUAACGGUGAACAGCAACCGCUCCUGCGUCCCUCCGAGAACUUUGCACGCCGGAGGCGUAGUCUUUGGUAUCACAUCGGGUACCUUUUCUUAGGGUUCCUCACAAUAUGUCUGUCGGGAUACGUCCUAUCCCACGCUGCAACAAAUAUCUCAGACGCCCUUGGCGCUUCCGAGGUUCUCUUCGGCAUCGUCGUGCUCGCCAUCGGAACUACCUUGCCUGAGAAAUUCGUGGCUGUGAUCAGCGGCAACCGUGGCCAUGGCGGUAUUCUCGUCGCCAACACCGUCGGGAGCAACAUCUUUCUGCUCACACUGUGCCUCGGCAUUGUCAUGGUUGGUUCUCGCGGGGAGCUGGGCGCUGCUGGCGGGGUGGACAUCGUCGAGUUGGUGGUACUUUGGGUGACGACGGCGGUAUUUACCAUAACCGUGUGGACGGGUGGUCGAUUUGAUCGUCUCAUCGGUGGCUUGAUGUUGCUUGGUUAUGUUGCGUUCAUCGUCGUCGAGUUUCUUGUUUUGAGAAGAAAUUUCGAUCUUUGA